GCAAUUUUUGUGCAGCGCACUUACACUCUGUACUGCGUACGAUACUGCUACACGCGUAACUGAGCUGAGAGUGAGCGGCAGUUUCGACGAUUACAUGUUCUUAUCCGUAACAUCGCUGUCACUGUCAAAAUGUCGCAGACUCCGAGACGAAUUGCACUGGUAACUGGAGCCAACAAGGGCAUUGGUUUCGCCAUUGUGAGGGCGCUGUGCAAGCAGCUGGACAAUGGAAUCGUCUACCUGACUGCCAGGAGUGAGGAGAGGGGGAGGGAGGCUGUGGCCAAACUCAGCCAGGAGGGGCUCCAGCCUAAGUUUCACCAGCUGGACAUUACCGAUCCGGCCAGCGUGACCAAGCUGAGGGAUUUCCUGAAGGAGACGCACGGAGGCUUGGACAUAUUGGUCAACAAUGCUGGAAUGGCCUUUAAGGUGAAUGCUACGGAAUCAUUUGGAGUUCAGGCAUCAGUUUCCAUGGCAACCAACUUCACGGCACUUUUGGAGAUGAACAGGGUCCUCGUUCCACUUAUCCGUCCCCAUGGAAGAAUUGUCAAUGUGGGCAGUUUUACUGGAAGGCUGUAUGCCUUUGAAAAAAUGAGCAAGGAGCUGCAAGGUCGUUUCCAAGGAGUCAAGACGGAACAGGACGUGGAGCAGCUCAUGCAGGAAUUUGUGACAUGUGCCAACGCUGGAGACCACAUGAGCAAAGGCUGGGCAAACUCAGCCUAUGCAACCUCCAAGAUGGGGGUCAUCGCACUUACCCGAGUCCAAGCUGCGGACAUUGCCAAGGACAAGACAAAGGAAGACAUUCUCAUGACCUGUUGCUGUCCAGGCUACGUAAGCACCGACAUGUCCAGCUUCAAGGGAACAAAAACGAUUGACGAGGGCGCCAUCACGCCGGUCUACUGUGCCCUGCUACCGCCAGGCUCCGCAGAAUUCAACGGCAAGAUGUUCAGUGACAAGGAACUGUACGAGUUCUGGUAGAGAACUUGAUUGACUGCUGGUUCCUAAUGAAUCAUGGCCUUAGGACAAAGCUGCCAUCCUUUCGGCGUUUGUUUUGCAGUUGUGGCCAUCAUAGAAAACUUUAAUGCAUUCAUUUGUAGAGCUUUCUCUUCCACAUGCGAUCAGCUUUUUCAAAAAGUGGCACUUUACGUAUAUAUUUUGGUGUAACCUAGAGUAUUUUGCUUCAGGCAAAGUGAGUUUAGCCGACAUGAAAAAGAAAAGAACUUUUUUAAAAUUUUGUCUCUGAGGAAAGCUGUUUACUUGAUAUAGUUUGAUUUAAAUUUUUCGUGUGUUGGAAAAAUAACACGACUGCAAAUAUAUGCCCGGGAAAAAGAUGACUUUCCAUUCUAUCAGAUUACCCUAGAAGGAGGCAGGUUCCAGUUCUGCCCGAUUACCUCAGGAGGUGGUUAUUUCAGAUAAAGAUACCACGAGAAAGCAAUUUGGCAUGAUGCACCGUUCAAACAGUUUACUUUACACAAUGAGUGGGCUUUUGGAAAAUGACAACCUACAGAGAACUCUAAUAGAAUAGCUAUUAAACCACUUUCAAUCAAACUGUUGUACAUUUCUCAAAAUCUUCACCACCAAAAAACAAGUAAACGAAAAGGAAAACAACACAAGGACAUUGAAGUCGAUUUACAAACCAA